AUGCACGUUGGGGAUGUUGUAAUCGAAGAAACGGCCCUUUAUACUCAUGUAAUCGCCUUUCAAUCUAUAACGCGAACCUGCAUUAUGCCCAACACUACGAAACUCGUUCCCAAUUCCACAUCCGCUACUGAGCUUAUAUCGCGAAGAGGAGUUUUUUCCCGGCGGCACUAUGGAUCAGUGGAUCAGUUGCCACAAUCAGAAAUCGAUGGGCUGGACCCAAACUGUCGGAGAUUUCGCUUGGAAAAUGGAGAAUCAUUGGCGGAAAAAGAUGAGGUUUUUGGUUCACCCAGUAUACCUAUUUUGGAGAAUCCAGAACAUCAAACGAGAUGGUACUUUAAAUACUUCCUGGGAAAACUUCACCAGAAUUACGUGGGGAUGGAUUCGGAAAAAAAUCCCUACUUUCUAUCGAUAGUGUCACAGGAUUCCGGCAGUAAAUGCAUGCCACUCUAUCGUGUGAUGCUAUUCAGGAAACAGGGUGCCCAGAAGCUAGCGCUAUCCUACAACCCACAGCAGAAGCUGACGGUCAAGCAGAUUCUAUCGAACUUUGCCCUGAUGGAUGCCAGCAAAUCGCCGAAGGAAGUAUUUUCGGCCGACAUCCAGAAGGACCUGCUGCUGCUGGAGGAACAGGAGGGUUCAGUCAACUUUAAGUUCGGUGUCGUGUAUAUGAAGGCCGGUCAGAAAAUGGACGACGAGAUGCUAAGUAACGAGCAUGGUAGCGCCGAUUUCGACGAGUUCUUAGCAUUACUGGGGGAAAAGAUACGCCUCAAAGAUUGGGAACGAUAUCGAGGCGGGCUUGAUGUGAAAGGAGACAUGACGGGGAAACAUUCGAUCUACACCCUGUACGAAGGCCAUGAAAUUAUGUUCCACGUAUCCACGCUGCUUCCGUUCAGCCGCGAUAAUCGCCAACAGGUGGAACGCAAGAGGCAUAUCGGAAACGACAUUGUGAACAUAAUCUUUGUCGACGAGAGCUCCAGCGGCGAUGAAAUCGAAUUCAAUCCGAACAACAUCAAAAGUCAAUUUACGCAUGUGUUUGCCGUCGUUACCAAAAGGAAUAAAACGUAUCAUCUGUCGGUAUACUGCGAUGAAACUGUUCCACCCUUUGGACCUACACUUCCAAACCCACCAGAAUUUGAGGAUCCGGCCGUGUUUCGAGACUUUUUGCUGGUCAAGCUAAUCAAUGGCGAAAAAGCGACCUUCCAGACACCCACCUUUUCGCGAAAGCGUGAAAGAACACUCGAAAUGUUGAUCAAGGACCUGUACGAGGAAUAUGUGCACGACAAUAAGAUGAACAUGCUAAACCGAAGGGCAUUCUCGGAGGUACUCUACGAUGCCCCACGGGCAUCCAAGCUAAAGGAAGAUGCUCGACAGGUGGAAUUCGUUCGGAUUGGGCAGGCACUCAAGCUGGAGGCUAUCGUUCGAGGAGACGCCCCGACGAGUAUAGCAUCAGCUGGAACGGUCUUCAAGCGACCACCCUGGGAACCGCAAUGUUUCUAUCCGACGUUUCAACCACGAAAUGAUCUGGUUGGCGAUAGCUGGGGCCAGGAUCAACUGUUCCUGGCAUCCGAUGAAGGAACAUAUCUAAUUAAAGAGGACCAGACGCACCGAGUAGUAUUUGACAGGACACUUUGCGUGAAACAGCUAAACGUAGUCGAAGAUCAUGGCAUAAUGCUUCUACGUGGUGGAUCAGCGCUACAAAAGGACGGUCAUCGAGUGCAUGUAUUUCGAUUGAACGAGUUUACUGACGACAGGCUGGGUCAGCGUUCGAGAAUUGAUGUCAAAGAUAGGAGAAUAGAUAAAACAAGAGGUUGUCACUUGUAUGCCAUUUCUAGAGCCGGUGAAGCUCAUCUGAGGAUGGCAGUGGCUGUCGGUAGAAAAUUGUUGAUUUUCCAGUGGAAACAUACUGCCGCGUGGACUUCAUGGUGUCCAAAUAGUGAUAACGACACAGUGGAAGGUUUCAUUUUUCUCAAGGAAAUAACCCUCCAUGAUUUACCAUCUAUAAUGACCAUACUGGAAGGAACUUGUCCGAAUUCAGGGCUUCUAAUUUGUGUUGGAUUUAGGCACAGUUUUGAAAUAGUAUCGGAGCUGACGGGGCAUUCAACUAAACUACAUGAAGCAGAUACUCGAAAGCAAACUGCAAUUCAUUUGGUUGCAGCGUUGGAUUUGUAUGACGGACAGGAUACGGAACUGUUGCUGUGUUAUAAUCACACCUGUCAUUUCCAAAAGCUAUCGGAUGAAAACACGAAUAAUACUGAGUUUGACUUUCAGUUCAAUACUCCACCAACUUCUGUAGUGUGUGCUUUUCCCUACAUUAUAGCGUUUACGCCGGAUUCGAUGGAAAUUCGACUUUUGGUAAAUGGUAAUUUAGUGCACACUGUUAUGAUGGCAGAAUUGCAGCUGAUAAGUGCGAAAAAGGAUAUUUAUUUUGUAACGACAGCUCCAGAAUUUAUUCCCAAAGGUGCCAAACUCCGUGGUCCGGACAGCGAAGAUCACGAACUAAUCAAGCCACGAAUUGAGGAGAGUAAAGUAUCACAAGAUGACGACAGUUCGACCAGUCCGGGAAGAAGCCGCCUGAGUUCGGAUGAAGAUAACAAUGCUGCACCAAAUACUGAAGGUCAAGAUAGCAUAUCAUCAGACAGCAAAAGCUCCGGUCUGGCAACACCACACAUACAGAGAGCCAAGUCACUUCAGGGCUCAAAACACGAUGCGGAGAAAUCCAAAGAAAGUACACUCGCUGUGGACGAUCUAAAGAGGACAAUAUCUAAAAGCAAUUCUUACGGCGAAGCCGGAUCUUCGUUUUCCAUACCUACUACAACUUGUAGCAAGGACUUAGCGAAGCACUUUGGAGCGCAACCACAACCUAAUACAAAGAAUCUCUGUAAACAUUUUGGAGAAGCGUCGGUACCCCCAAAUUCACCACAAAAUAGCACCAUAGUUAAAGGAAGUUCUCCAGGCUCUCCUACUCGAAAGUCAUUCAUUCGGCAGCCAACACUGAAUCUCAAUAAACCCCAACCGAGUGAAGGGGAAACGUCCCCUUCGAAUGGAAGCACAAAUAAGCCACUGCGAGUGUACCGGAUUCCGCUGACUAACCUAACCGGAACGCAUGUUCAGUCUCACCAUUAUCACUACCCGAGCACAGACCCGGCAAAAAAGCCGAUGGCGAUCGCAACCAAAAUGCAACAUGCAACGAAUGUUAGCGAAGUCAAACCCCUUAGCUCCUCUAACGAGGAAGAUGAACACGAAAUUGACACUUCACCGGGUCAUGCCAAUUCUCGUCAGAACAGUGAGGAGACACCUCAAAUAAGCCUAUUCGAUCAAAUUCAGCAGGAUUUACAGGAACUUAGCAUGAAGGAUAAACUGGAAGCACAGGACGAUCUGGCAAGUUCACUGCUGACACCCCUCUAG